UGUUGACAUACUCUGAACACAGAUAUGGAUUAAUCUGAGAGCAAAAAGCGUGUGAAGAGAUGGAUUCCAAUCCUCUAAUAAGUGCAAUGGACCCGUCCAUCACUCUGUGGCAGUUCCUCCUUCACCUGCUGGAGGACCAAAGCCACCGGCAUCUAAUCUCCUGGACCUCCGGAGACGGCGAAUUCAAGCUACUGGACGCUGAGGAGGUGGCACGACUAUGGGGGCUUCGCAAGAACAAAACCAACAUGAACUACGACAAACUGAGCAGAGCUCUGCGGUAUUAUUAUGAUAAGAACAUAAUCAAGAAAGUGAGCGGCCAAAAGUUUGUCUACAAGUUUGUCUCCUUCCCUGACCCCAGCCUGGCCGACGGAGUUCGCGGGCCUGAGGACUCGCUGCGUAGCUCAGAGAAAACGGAUGUAAUGAUCCAGCCCAAACCUCUAGGGGGCGCCACCUCCACGUGCCUCAACAAGAACCUGCAAGGGCAGCGUUCGUCCCCCAGCUCGGUCCAGCGUAGCUCUCGCAACGACUACAUGAAGUCUGGCCUGUACUCCACGUUCACCAUCCAGUCCUUACAGACACCCUACAAGCCUAACCCCAAACCCAUUAAAACAGAGCUAUCCAUCCCUGUAGAUGGCUCCCCCAAGGCACCUUCACCCAGUGUGGACAGAGGAGUGCGGGAGGUACAGUUGCUGAAGACGGAGCCUCAGACUGCUGUGCAGGGCCCGGCCAGUGUGGAGAGCAGCCUACAGGUGAUAGUGACCCAGUCGUCGCCUUGUGCCACGCCCGCUCUCAGCCCCCAGACCCCAUCAGGCUCUGCCACCGGCAGCCCCAGCACUCAGACCCAGAAGGUCCAGAGCCUGACCGAGCCUCCUCAGAUUUACCUUACUGGAGUAGCUGACCCAAAUUCCCUCACACCUCUAGUGCCGCUGGCUCCCAUGGGAGGACCUGUGGCAUCAGGUGAGUGCGUGGUCACCCAGCAACAGACACACCCCGUGUUUGUAGUCAUCAAGUCCCAGUCCGUAGGGACCACCAAAGAACAAAACCCCUCGACAGAGGAGGACGCCCUGCUGGAGCUCGAGUGCCUAGAGGCGAAACAGACCAUCGAGCCUCCAGAGUCCUUGACGCUAGCUCCAGAAGUCACUGACGUCCCGACUCCCGUGGACGCUCCCCUACCCUGCGUGGAGCCUGCGGCUCAGCCCGUGGCAGAGGGAGAGGGAGCGGGGGAGGACAAGGAGAAGACGGAGUUACCUGAAACCACCACGGCCCCGGCCGUCACGGCGCCAGCGGCCUCGGGCCAAGAAGGGCAACCGCCCAAGUCUAAGAAGCCGCGGGUGCUCGAACUGCCCUCGUCCUCCACGCUACUGCCCCCUGGUGUCCCCCUGGAUAAGGUCAAUGCAGCGGUCAACAGUCUGCUGGCCCCGGGCAGUGCCACCAACACCCUCACGCCCACGGUCAUCACCUCGCACGCCCUGACUCCAGUGCUUCUGACGCCAAGUCCCCUACCCUCCACCAUCCACUUCUGGAGCACACUCAGUCCCAUCGCCCCUCGGAGUCCGGCCAAGCUUUCCUUCCAGUUCCCAUCUAAUGGAAGCAAUCAGAUCCACAUCCCUGCCCUGAGCGUGGAUGGCUUGUCCACCCCUGUCGUUCUCUCUCCGGGCCCACAGAAACCGUAAAGCUUGUACAUCCUUCUCUUCAUCAUAUGGUCAGUGACUACUGGUCUAGCCAAUCAGAGCUCGGGGACAGUUGAAGUGUGGACGGCACACUCCGUAACAAGCCCCGGCCCGUGUUGAAUGGAGCUCCUGGUCCAAUGACGGUUCAUUGCAGGGAUUGUGUUCUCAGCCAAGCCUCCUCACAGGCCAAUACAAAUGCCCCUGGCUUUAGUCUGG